AUGAUUGUUCUGAUUCUGGCAAUUGGACUUAUCAAUAUCGCCAAUAAUAGAUUCUUCGGAGAGAUUCCUGAUUCACUAGGUAGCCUGAGACAAAUUCGAGAAUUUCAUUUUGCAAACAACAAAUUUGCAGGUGAAAUACCAUCCACUUUGAAAAACUGUACUUUGCUUAAAACAUUUGAUGUUGCCGAAAACAAUUUCUCUGGAUUAUUUCCAAGUUGGAUUGGAGAUGCACUGAGAUUGUUGCGUGUAGUUAUUCUAAGGUCCAAUAUGUUUGCUGGGAGCUUGCCCUUCAAUUUUUUCCAUCUUUCUGAAGUUCAAAUUCUUGAUCUCUCCAUGAACAACAUCUCAGGAAGUGUACCCAAAUGCCUCAACAAUCUUUCUGCUUUGGCUAAUAAAACAAACUAUGAUGGAAAUAUAAGUUGUUCGGUUUUAGAUAAUGAACUCCGUGGUCUUAAAGGAGUAGUGGUAGUGUUUGGGAUUUUAGUCAAUGAUUUAUUCGAAGAUAGUUUAUCACUGGUGUGGAAAGGUAAAGAAGCUAAAUAUCAAACUAUCUUGGGACUAGUGAAGAGUAUUGAUCUCUCCAACAACACGUUAACUGGAGAAGCUCCAAGCGAAAUGAUGGAUCUCGUUGGAUUGGUUUCCUCAAACCUGUCAAGAAACAAGACUAACGGAGAAAUCCCUCCAAGCAUUGGACAGUUGGAGCCAGUGGACUCACUUGAUCUAUCAAGAAAUCAUUUGUUUGGAAGAAUUCCAUCUGAAUUUGCACAUAUAGAUCGCCUCAGUGUAAUGGACUCACCAUUCAGUAAACUAUCUGGAGAAAUCCCACACGGAACUCAACUUCAAAGUUUUGAUGCGCCUGCUUAUGUGGGAAAUCUUGAUCUCUGUGGAGCUCCCCUCCUUAGUUGUCCAACUAAGCAAGCUAGAGAUGAUCAUGAAAAUGAAGGACGUGAUCUUGAAGACGAUGAUCAAUUUUUCAGCCAAUUAGUGGUCUACAUUAGCUUUGCAAUGGGGUUUAUCUCUGGAUUUUGGGCAGUUUGCUGCUCAUUGGUUUUGAAGAAAUCCUGGAGGCAUGCCUACUUCAAGUUCUGGAGUGAGGCUUAUGAAAAAUUGUACGUGAUUGCAGUCAUAAACACGGCCAAAUUGGCAGAUGGAUUAAUAUUUAAUAGCAAUCAUUCACUCAUUCAUAAGCCUUAUCAAGCCAUCAUUAACUAUUCUCUGGCCUCUCUUUAUAUAUAA